UUCUAGAGUCGCUCUAUUAAGAUCACUCUUAAAUCUCUCUCCCUCUUUCAGUAAAAAAAUCUUUCUAUCUUUUUGCAUUGUUCUUUUAAUAAAAAAACAAAAACAUAUAAAAAAGAAAACUGAUAAAAAUAAAAAAAACAAUAAUUUUGUGAUAAAGUUAAAUCCAGUAUAAACAUUGAUUCGAGUUCCUAGAGAGAAUUAUUAUGAAAAGUGCCUCGACUCUUGUGUUUCUUAUUUUUUCUUAUCAUCUCCAAUUAUCAGCUGCAAACUCGCAAAAUGUCACCUUAAUUGGCUGUGAAGUGGAUGAUUUGAGUAACCAGACUAUCCGAGAUGUCACAGUAUUAUUUGUCUUCCAUUGCAACAUACCAAUUCUUCAGAAUGCAGUCUUCCUGCGACACACUAAACUGGAAACUUUGCAAAUUUCAGAAAGUAAAAUAUCAAAGUUAGAAGACUUUUCCCUCAAUGGCCUCCUAAGCUUAAAAUCCUUGGAUCUUGCUAGAAACAACAUCUCCCAAGUCAAAUCAUGGUCAGAUGAGGAUUUAAUCAAUGUCACAGCAUUAGAUCUUCGUCGCAAUUCCAUUAAAAAUCUCGAUGCCGAUAGUUUUCGUCGAUUUCCCAAUCUUCAAAAACUCAAUUUGGCUGUCAAUCUAAUCCAAGUCAUCACCUAUGGAGUGCUACGUAGCAUGCCAGCAUUGAAAUACAUAAACAUUGGCAAGAAUCAACUGAAACAAAUCGACAUGCACACCUUUCGUGGCCUGCACAAACUGUCGCACAUUGCAAUGCAUUAUAAUCGCAUCGAAGAGGUUAAUCCACAAGCCUUUGAUACAAACAAUCAUUUGAGAUCAUUGAGAUUGGAGGCGAAUUCGAUAGUGGAUUUGAAAUUUAUGGCUCAAAUGAAUUUGGCCCGUUUGGUGCAUUUGAAUUUGAGUAAUAAUGCAAUUGAUAGCCUUAAGCGAAUGGCUUUUACAAAAGACACCGAAUUAAAGAGUCUGGAUGUGAGUUAUAAUCUGAUUGAGGAGAUUUAUGCAGACACACUGUCGGGAUUAGAAUCACUCGAGAUGUUCAACGCCAGCCAUAACCAUAUCCACACAAUUGCCGCGAAAAGUUUCCUCGAGCUAACCAGUCUAACUCAUCUUGAUAUAUCUGCGAAUAAUUUAACCCAUUUACCGGUGUAUAUAUUCAACACAACUCGCCGCCUAAGCUACAUCAACAUGUCCAACAACGCACUCGAGCACCUGGAAUCCAAUCAUUUCCAUGAAAUGUCUGCCCAGCUUCAGCUAUUGGAUCUCUCCAUCAACCAUCUACAUUGUGAUAAUUUCAUCGAAGGACUUCUCGCCCAUCGUCGCCAGCGAGAGCGGAAACCCCAUCAACAGCCAGCCGUAUUGAAAUUGUUGGACCUGAGCUAUAACGCAUACAGUGUUCUCAACUUGUCCGUUCUGUAUGAAUUCGAAAGAGUAGAUUUGUCAGGUAAUUUAUGGGACUGCAAAUGGCUAAUCCAGGAAAUGAUUCAUGGUCCGGAUACAAUACGCUUUGGUAGAAACUACACGAUGAAAUCGGCAGAGGGUGAUGUUUUGUCUGUGCCCGGUGUAGAUUGUUAUGAUGAAAGGAGCAAACGAAGUAUUAUUCUGAUUGAUGGCUGGAAUGUGAUGGGCUCAAGAGUUGAGAAUCCAAUAAGUUCUCUGGUCUUUUGGUCAAAUAUUAACUCAAAUCACCAACUCGAUAACAAGGAUAUUACAAUUGCGAUCCUUCUCUUUAUUCUGCUUGGAUUUGUUGCAGUGCAAACAGUGCGAAUCAUUCUAGCACGAUGGUCCUGCAAGUCCAAAAAGAAACUCAAACAAUCAAACAAUAACGAAAAGGAAAUGGAAAUGGAAAAAAUCGAAAUGAUGUCGUGUGUAGAUGAAACACUAUCUGUGGACUCAAAAAUCGAAAAUGAAAAAAAUAACCUUUAAACGAAA